AUGCCGUGCUGUGUGAGGCGCGCGGCGAGGGCUGCGCUCUCGCGCCUGCGCGCGGGGGGCGGGGCGCGCGCGGCCCUGGCGGCGGGCUCGGUGACCGGCGCGGUGCGGGGCAGCCCCGCCGCUCCCCCCGCCCCCGCCCCCGCCUCCUCCCCGCCGCCGCGGCUGGCGCUGCUGGUGAUGCAGCCGGGCGGCAGCGAGGAGGCGGCGGCGGCCGGGGCAGCGGCCGGGGCCGGGGGCGGCGGCCUCAUGUUAUUCUGCGAGCUGGGGGGCCCCGGCGACGGCGAGGCCGAGGCGGGGGAGGAGGCCGAGGGGGCGGGCGGCGAGAGCACGGCCAGCCCGGAGGAGCUGGAGGAGGAGGAGGGGGCGGCGGCCGCGGCGGCGGCUUCGAGCGGCGAGGCGGCGUCGGACGGCGCCCGCAGGAGCUGCAACUACCAGGGCUGCAGCGAGACCACCACGCAGGUGGUGAAGCAGCGCAAGCCCUGGAUGUGCAAGCGGCACCGCAACAAGAUCUACAAGGACAAGUACAAGCGCAAGAAGAGCGACCAGGCCCAGGGGGGCGGCGGGGCGGCCGCCGCGGGGGGCGGCGCGCGGGCCGAGGACAGUGUUGAAGGUUCCAUUUCUGUUGCAAAACAGAGAACAGGAUCCGUUGCAGAUCGCCCAGCAAGACCUAGUCUUUUAGAACAAGUACUGAAUAAAAAGAGGCUGUCACUACUCAGAAGUCCAGAAGUAGUGCAGUUUCUACAGAAACAGCAGCAGCUGUUAAGUCAGCAGGCUUUGGAGCAAAGGCAGCAACAGUUUCAAGGAACAACUGGUUAAUCGGAAGAGAUUGAUGACCUGUUGAUGAGUCUGGUGCUGAAGGAGGAAUAGGAUGGGUAUUUCAUAUAAAUACAAAGAAUCUCAAUGUUUAAAGGAAAAUGAAAGUUGCUGCUGUUACGUGUUUCUCUUGUUUGCACUUGAGAGGUUUUGAGCUGCUUGGGUGUCUGCAAACUUGUAAGCAAAUCUGGAGGGGUCUAUUUUUUAUUCUUUUUUAAAUUUCAUCUUGAUGUUUAAUUUUUUAAUAGGAAUUUGUUUAUAUUAGUAAUGUUUAGCCCCUUUCCUACCAAAGUCUUCCACUAAAUUAACUUUUUUUUUUAAUAUAUAUAAGGACUUACUGUUAAACAAGUCACUCUUUGAUGGCAAUCAUUGAAGAAAGUCGGUUACUUUCUAUGGAAGUUGUGAAAUAAAAGUCCUGAAUUUGAGCCAGUCCAGUGGCACAACCUAACAGCAAUUGCUCAGGGAUAUGAGAAACUUAUGUCCAGUAGAAUCUUGCACUAAAGGCAAAGGGAUGCCAUCAAGAUGUUGAUCCAGUGGCCUGGAAGGGCGCAAAUCAUGUGAUCCUCCUGCUAUAUAUUCAUUUUCUGCAAGUUGAGUAGGUUUGCAAUGCUUCAUUGUCUGUGCAAAGCAUGUAAAAUAAUUGGUAUUUUAAAAGCUCCAAAAGAGAUAAAUGGCAAAAAUACUUUAGAGAAGAAUUAGGUGGAAUGUAUGCAACUGAGAGUUGGACCUUGUUUUGUGGCGUUAUUUGUAAGGACCAAUCUCUUCUUCAUGAAAUACAACUUGAUUACAGAUGAGACUAUCACUUAUUUUUAAGUGACUAAAUCGAAUUUUAAAGCUUUUUACUCAUAAUAGCAAACACAUACAAAAACAAAAAUGUAAUUAUGCAUUUUUUUUCCUUUAUGUAGUCUUUGUAUUCUAAAAAAGUGUAGUUAGAAUUCUUCUGUAAAGACAACUGAGAGCUAAUCGGCUGUAGUGCUGGUCUUCUCAGGUUUUUAGCCAAUUCAGAUGAACUUGCAAUUGACUGGGUUUAGAAUCCAAACACUGUGUUAUUUUAGUGCUGGUUCCCAUGUUUUGUUUCUAGAACACAAGUUUGUAUUAAACCACCUUUCAGAACAGAGGUUACCUGAAUGGUGUAGAUGCCUAUUGAAGUACUACUUUGAUAUUGCAGCAGUUUAAUCCACUGUGUAAUGUCUCUUCAGGAAUAUUUGUUAGUCUUAGAUUUUGUAUAAACUGUGCUUUGUGUAUGUAUAGAACUUGUUCAGUAGGUUUUAUUGUACUUAGCAUUGUGCAAGUUGUUUUUAUCUUAUAAAAAGGAAUUGAAAAACUUUGUAUUAACAGUUCUGGACCAAUAAGUGUUGGAGUAAAAUUUUUUGCUUUUCCUUAAAAAACAAAACCAAAGCCUGUUCUUUUUUGUUGUCAAAUUUCUGUGUUUUUUUUUUUUUCUACUAGAAUGGCUAGCUCUGACUAGGUGGCAUUAAAACUUCUGUGUUCAAUGCUCUUGUUAUAUUUUAGCUUUAAGUAAAAUGAGAUUACUCUUUUCAUUGUGUCAGAAUAUAUGUGAAAAUGUCAUGGGCUGAAAUUGUAGAAUAAAGUAUUUGCUUUUGUUGGA